AUCACAGAAGUAGGCUAAGGUACCUUCAGUGAGUAUAUCGCUACAUUUGGUCUUUCGUUUAAUUGGAAUUUGUGCGUUACACCAGCUUUUAGCUUCAUACGUUAGCGAAUUAGCAAAGCUAACACAGUAACACAGUAACGUCAUGGAAACAGAUACGACUCUCCUGAACGUCGAACUGGAGGAGAUAAAGCAGGAAGAACUUUAUCAACAACUCUUACUUCAGACUAUGGGAAAAACGCAAAGCGACAGUUCCCCUUGCAAAGUCAUCCGUCCUCAGCCAGGCAUUUGUGUAAAGACCUUCUCUGUGUCAGACAAAAAGAAAGUCUUUCUGAAUAUCUGUCAGUCACAGGCGGUACCACCCCCUCCUCAUCUGUCCCAGGAAGAACUGGUGGAGCUACUGGAGUCAGAAGAUCCCACAAGUUACAGAGUGCCUAUGAGCCUCGGCGAACCCCAUACAGAAAAAGACAACAGUUCGCAAGGCUGCACAGUGUAUGAUGUAGUGAUCAAUGAGGAAUUUUUCCAGAAAUGCCAGAAAGACGAACUGUUCCAGCAGUUUCUGAUUGCAGUUUCCUUGGAGGGACUGGAAAACAAAUACAACCUAGAGUUAAGCAGAGAUGUGAAGAUAUUGAAGAACAGAAAGUUUAUGGGUUCUGUAGUAGAGCAAAACAUUCGCACCAAGAACAAACCAGUUAUCCAGGAAAUUAACUCAAAGGAAUCUCACUCAUUGCCUUCAUCAGCAAAGCGCCCAGAGUUUUGUUUAAUGGCUGAGCCCCCAACUGGUAAUGCAGAACAUCUGAUAGCUGAGGUCCAGCUACCUGGAGUGAUGUCUGCUCGCUCUCUUGUUCUGGACUUGGGAGAAGACAGGUUAUUGCUUAUUGCCCGACCGUCUCUUUAUCACCUGGAUAUUUUCUUUCCCUUGCUUAUUGACCAAGAAAACAGUGUUGCACAGUACAACACAAAUACGCAGGUGCUCACUGUUACCAUGCCAGUAAUGUCUUCAUAAAAACUUUAUUGCAAGACUGUUUAUGCACAAUAAAAUUUUUAUUUUGUACGUAAA